AUGGGGAGGUUUACCGAUACUUGGAAGCCCGCUGUCAAUGUCUUGACCUGGUUUCUGAUGGUGACCGCCAUCCUUGGCGUCUUUGCUCGGCUGGGGACUAAAUAUUGGAUUUUUCGACGAUGGACUACGGAUGAUUAUCUUAGUAUUGUCUCGAUGUCACAAUAUGCCGCCACAAUCCUCUUCAUCCUCAGCAUGUGCUUCUCCCAGUUGGCUCUCGUCCACUUUACCCGGAGUGUAACACCGGCUGCUUCAGACCGCCGCGUUGCCUCCGGGCUGGAGGCUUUAAUCGCAUUAUGGGCAGUCACCGGUAUCAUCAGUUCAGCUUUCAAGUGUAAACCGCCCCGAACGUGGGAUUAUCUAUCCGGACAAUGUUUCAAUAUCGCGGCUUGGUGGGAUUACAUCGGAGUGACGAACAUUCUCACUGAUGGGGCCAUUAUAGCGUAUGCAGUCCUGAUUAUUACCCGCAUUCAGGCUCGAUGGAAAAAGAAGCUCACCUUGUCUGUUGUAUUCGGGCUGCGAAUCUUUGUGAUUAUUGCCAUAAUCGGUCAACUGGUGUACGCCAAUAGAACCAUUGAUGUUUCCGACCCAAUCUCUGGGACCUGGCCGCUGGCGAUAUGCAUGCAGCUCACCCAAUGCUUGAGCGUGGUUACCGCCUGCUCCCCUCAAUUCAAACCUUUCUUGGACAGCCUCCGUUCGACUGGCCUACGUGUUGACGGAAUCACACGCCACGAUGCGUCUCAUAGUGCAUACAAUCAUUCUUCCCGAACUAAGUCGCAAUGGCAAACUCUGGAUCAACCUCUCCGUGAGGAUCAUGAGUUGACUUCUAUUGGUCGCAGCAAGAGUUAUCGCCAGACCACGAUAAUAACGGCCAAACCGGAUUCGGACGCAGCAAGCGAUUCCAGUGAGGCCCACAUAAUCCGUGAAGUUCGCACAUGGGCUUUGGAGCGCCAGGAUGCGCCGUUGCAACCCCGAUGCUCCACUAACCUCUCCGAAGCGUUCCAGAUUUCGAUCUCCACGGCAGAUCCACUUAGGCACCUCGAAAUACGGACAGACGACAUUUGA